AUGGAAGACAGAGCUCAGAUACCCGUCGGUCCACCUCGACCGAACCCAACCACAGCAUAUUGGCAAGAACCAGCAGACGAGAUAGCAAGCCUGAGGAGUACAGAAGACCUACCAAAUCAUAUCGACUAUGUUAUCAUCGGUAGUGGCAUCAGUGGAGCAGCGAUAGCAUACAACCUGCUGAAGAAGCAACCCACCAGCUCCAUCUUAAUGCUAGAAGCCAGGCAGGCUUGCAGCGGAGCUACAGGUCGGAAUGGUGGUCAUACGAAAGCAGCAAGCUAUCGCAGUUUCCUCGACCAUGAGGCUGAACAUGGUCUUGAAGAAGCCAUCAGAAUUGCCCGCCUCGAAUAUGCCAACAUUAUAGAAACCCACGCUUUAGCUCGUGGAUUUAACAUUGAUUGCGCAUCCACACCUUGCGACACUGUGGACAUCAUCUACGAUGCUGGAAACCUGGCACGAGGCAAGGAAGCCAUCGCACGUAUGCAAGAAACCAUGGGACAUGAUGAUCCAGCUGCUAGGUAUGAGAUCUUGUCUGCGGAAGAGGCGGAGGCAAGGUUCCAUACCCUUAAUGCUUUGGGUGCAUUCGUCUAUGAGGCAGGAAGUAUCAGUGCAUAUCGCUUCACAGUCGGGUUGCUGAAGCAUUGUCUGGAACAAGGCAUGCAACUGCAGACAAACACACCUGUUCAAGCCAUACAGCCAGUCAAAGAUUUCGACCCAAAGUCGCCGAGAUGGACCGCAAAGACAUCGAGAGGGGACGUCGAGACUGCCAAUCUGAUCAUAGCGACAAAUGGGUAUACUGCACAUCUAUUGCCGCAGAUGCAAGGUAUCAUUGUACCUUUGCGUGGUCAAAUCACCGCUCAAAGACCAGGAUCAAAGUUGCCAAUCUUGGUUACGACUUACUCUUUCAUCUAUGCUGAAGGCUACGAGUAUAUGAUCAGUCGACCAUCCAGCACAUCGGAUGCCGGCACCAUAAUCAUAGGAGGUGGUCUGGGAAGACUAGCCAACGCAGGUGCGUCGGAGUUUGGAACCACUCGAGAUGCAGAGCUCAAUGAUGAGAUAUCAGCCUACCUAUAUGAUUGCACAGCAGGAUACUUUGGUGACAACUGGGGAGAAGAUGCAACGGCAGGAAGGAUCGUCAAGGAGUGGUCAGGAGUGAUGGGUACAAGUUCAGAUGGUCUGCCAUAUGUUGGAGCUAUGCCAGACAUGCCGGGUGUGUUUAUCUGUGCUAGCUUCAAUGGACAUGGCAUGGUCUUGUGUCUAAAGUCUGGAGAAGCGCUUUCUGACAUCAUAGUUGGAGGUGGAUAUGCAGGCUGGUUUCCAAAGGCGCUUGUGGUGAGUGCUGAGAGAUUCGGAAAGAAGUUCGAAGGAAGGUUGGAUAUGCGGGCGUCUGUACCUGGCGAGGCCUUGUUUGACGAUCGGAUGGAGAGGCUGUAG